UAAUCAGACAAACAGAUUGAUAACUGUGUGCGCGGCAAACAAUUAACCAUAGUUAAGUAAUUUCCCUGUACACUCUUCACAGACUAUAAAUAUAUCACUUCCUCCUCUCUUCGUUGAGAAAUCGUGUAGCCAGUUUUCAGUCUGUCCUCUCCGCAGGAUUUGAUUACAGUUUCACUUCCUCUGCUUGUAUUGGGGUAGGAUGUGUCCUCCAGCGGCUUCCCCACUCCCUGAUAUUGAUACUUCUUCAACUUAUGAGGAGUUCUUUGGUUCUUUGGAGAAAAUGAACAAGGGAUACCCUCUUCCAAGCAAUGUGAUUAAUGAUGUUGAUCCUUACAGUCUUAUGCCCUCAAAUUUACCUGAUGGAUUGUGGUUCUUGGUUCCUUAUAAGGACAAAACAAUUGCACAAAAUGGGCAUUGGAAGGCAAAAGGGGAGGCCUGCGAAAUAUUCUCAAAUUCUGUCAUUACUGGUUGGAGAACUACUCUUGAAUUUUAUGAAGUUCAAAACCAACAUGAGCGUAAAACUGAUUGGGUAAUGCAAGAAUUCAGAAUAACACAGAAGAAAUGGUGUGAAAGCAAAAAGGCAGAGGAUGCUAGCUCACUUUGCAGAGUCUUCUUGAUUGAUAAACUAAGUCCUAGCCAUGAAAAGCAGCAAAACAUGGCUGCUGAGUCUGCUGCGGACAUUAGUGGUGGAACCCACAUUCACUCGACAGAAUUAAGUUCUGAAGUAGUUAAGAAUGAUAGAAUUCAAGGCUCUACUAGCAAACCCCAGGUGAAUAAUGAUGAUGAUGAGACAAGAGAGAUGGCUGCUAUGGAGAGACAGGCAAAUUGUCUUGUGGAAAAUCUGUCUGAAAUUAGUUAUUUAUCUGAAGGUGACUACCUGGAAUUGUGUGAUCUUGACUACCCGGUAUCACCUUCUUCAAGUUCGGAAAAUUCAAGUUGCAUGACCAUGUCAUCAGACGAAUAUUUUGAUUCAUUGGCUUUGUUGCAAGAGCUAGAAACCAAAAAUAGUGAUGACAUAGUUCAGGAGAAUGCAGGGUACAAGUAUAGUUUCUCAACAUCUCACAAACCAAACAAAGUGGUUAUGUUUCCAGAGUCUCUUGUCAGCAUAGAAAGAAGCAAGUCUACAAGUGGAGAAAUCUUCAAAAGUGAUUCUUCAGUACCUGACUCAGCCAUGGCGAGUAAAAAUCUAGAUCAGCUGGCUGGGAAGCAGGCAAUCAAUGUUCAGAAAGCAGACUACAGGAAUGAAGGUCCAUCAUCUAAUUCUCAAUAUUCUGCCACGUCAUCUGAUACAAACAUAGUAAUUCCCAGGAAGAAAAGGAAGCCUACUGGGAGAAUUAAACAGCUUAAAAAGAAGUAUUUCUGCUUUAUGCCAUUUUAGCUGAUACUCCUUCCAUUUCACGCGUAGCAUCAGGGUGCAAGUAAAUUACCAUAGUUGUAGGUUAACGCUCUUGUCAUCCCAAAUGUGUCAAUAGUCGCAGGGUCAAUUGAGUUCUCAAGAUUUAUUUAAUGGAUUUGUAGUAUUUAUGUUUGUUAUUGAUUGAUAAAGUUAAAAACCUGAAUGAAUAUCGAGUCUAGGCUUAAAAAUAUCUGGUCAGUGAUAGGUUGAAUAGAAUAUUGGGAGCCUUGGAGCUUUUUUGUCCUUGUAAAGAUAUUAAUGAGCGGUUCUGCUGUUGUAAAUUUUUUAUAUGUUAAUUUCUGUCAAGUACAUUUUUCUCCAUUUGCCCAAAAUUUUUAUGCUGAGUUUCCUACUUACGAAAAGUUUGGGAGCUCUUUACACCAAAAUAUUGGGUGAAAGGGAAUACUAUAUUAUGAGUGACAACAUACUGUAAAAGCCAUGUGAAUAGUGAGAGUGACCAAAUUCAAUAUUUGCUAGUACUAUUUGCUGUGACAAAUGGAAUUUCCUUUUGUUUA